AUGGUCUCUCCCAACCUACAUGCCAUGCUGACCGUGGUGGUAGAAGUGGAGUCGGGGAGGCGAUCAGGUAAGGAGGUCUGGGAGGGUGAUGAGAGGAGGGUAGGAGUCCUCAGGCCCCUGGAUCCUGGGGUGCCAGCUGCGUCUAGAGCUCCUUUGCUCAGGGCACCUGAGUCAGUGGAUUGUGCCUGUGUCUCCCUGCAGGAGGCAGAGCAGGAGCUGCUGGCACGUGUCCAGUCCACAUUGGGUUCUGUGGGCCGAGGGUACAGUGUGGCCCUGUUGCUCCGGGGGAGGGAAACAGAGGCACCCCGACUUGUGCCUCAGCUGCUGCAGAUAGUGUUUGAGGAAGCUCUGCCCCUCAGCUGCUCUGAUCCUGUGCUUAGCACUCUUAGCCUGGUGCAGUUCAGCCCCACUGGAAGGACCCAGGACCUGCUCUCUUCAGGGAUGGAGAACCUGUCAGUGCUGGACGUGGCCCCUCUGGGCUUGGUGGUAGAAGAUGCCACUGAAGUGGAGGUGUCUGACUCAAAAGCUGCCUCAGAGCUGUACUUGCAGGCCACCGCGGGUGAAGGCAGAGACUGCCCCCUGCUGCGGGUGUUGGCUGGUGAAGUUGUUGGUGAGGAGGCGGAGGGCUCUUUACCAUGGAUUGUCUCACAGCUUUUGGGAGGAAACAACUACAGUGGCCUGCUUCUUCGCCUGGACCCCCAAGGUAGCUCCCUCAGUUUGCUCCAGGCUGCUCUGUUGGGGGCCUCAAGAAGGAGGAUGCAGGUGAAACAGGUGAGGCCCACCCUGUGGGAUGCAGUAGAAGAGGCUCGGGCCCGCCGGGCUGGCCUGAGGCCCCUGCGUUUAGGCCUCCUUGAGGACACCCUGACAUACAGUGGGCUAAGCCAGCUGGGAAGAGCACUGCAGGAGUUAGAGGUGGUAAAAGCGUGGAGCCAGCACCCAAGAAGAAAGAUGCUCCAAGGAGCCAGAACUGAGGCGAUGAGGCUUCCAGAGCCACAGCAGGUGAUAGAGUCACCAGUAAGCCAGAGCCCAUGCCUCGAGGGAGAGCCCCAAGUGGCAGGAAGAACGGCAACUCUAAGGUGUGGGCUCCACCAAAAGAAUCCUCUCAGGCACCCUAAGGAACAGCAGGUACCAGAUGUGGCCCUGCAGUUCUUCUUGGCCCAGGCCCGGAGGCAGAGACUGAGGGAGCAGCACCAAAUUUGGAUUCGAGAGAAGCUGAAGCAUUUGGAACAGAAGGAGGAGGUGGCAGAUGACCAGAUCAAAGACCUGGUGACUGAAGAGGAGGCCUGCAAGGAGAGGCAGAGAUGGCAGCAGGAACAGAUGGUGCUGAGAUUCCAGCUGGAGGCCCUUCAGGAAGAGCGGGACACGGCAGAGCAGGACCUGGCAGCCCUCUAUGACCUGCAUGUGCAGGCCACUCGAGCUCAGACACACCAUGUGCUGCGGGUAUUCCGAGCCUGGCAGGGCCAGUGGGAGGAACGGGCCAUGACCACAGAGCAUCGUCACUGCAGCCUGCUGGCGGGCAUCCUGGAAGAAGCCAUCAACCUGGCCACACAGAAUCAGGAGCUCCUAGCUCAGAACCAGCAACUUCGGCAGGGUGCAGACUAGGCUGGGGGCAGUCAUGCUGGCCGUCCUGGGGAGAAACCUGAUCAGGAACCCUUUAGAGGAAGUUUCCUGUCUCCUCAUUCUGGAGGGUCCUAG